CCAAGCUUUUGAUACUACCCCAGUUAGGUACUAGUUUACGUGUGGAAUUGUGAAUCGUCGAGCACAUUAGUCAUCUAGAUGUUUUCUGUCGAAUCGCUCAUCGUUCACUCUGCACACACAGAUGGUCCACUAUUGCGUUAGUGGGUAAAAAUUCUUUUUGGGAUAGUCCUGUUUUUAUGUUAUGCUUUAUAGUACAAGUCUUCUACUAGGUUUACUAAAUUUCACGCUUGUAAAAAGUUUGUCAUUUUGUUCAUACAUUAACACCGACUUAUGGAAGACAACGGCAGUGUUGGGCCUACGUUUGUUUCCAAUGUUUAAAAUAUAUUCUACACAUUCAAUUUCAUUUCGCCAUGUCAUAUAGACUAAAAGUACAAAGUCUGCAGACCACGAGUGGUAAUUUAAUGUUGUCAAUUCUGUAAAGAAAAAGUCAACAUCCAUAUACACAUGCUCUAUUUGCUUUAUGAGUCCUCAUAUUGAUCUGUUGAGCAUUGAACGAGCACUCAAUUUUUACACUUUUAACAAGCUGUUCUGCUGACUUUCACUCUUAUUUCUAUGUGCGAUCGUGAAUAAAAUUAAUUUGUUCGAACAAAUUUGGAAACAAUAUUUAUAUUUUCGAACGUUUGAGUAAUUCCGGACUACUUCGUGACAAGAGUGAAACUAGAUAGGAAAACAUGGCGACUAUUCGUCUUUAUCACGAAGUAGUCCGGUAUUUAAUGAAUUCGAACGAAAACGAAAAUUCGACUUUUCGCGAAAAAAUAAUAAAGAGAAUUAUAAAACCUGUUUUUCGGUUUAUUUUCUUUUACACAUGAACUUUACUUUGUCAAGUAUUCGCCACAUUAUUUGACUUUUUCUUUUACAUACUUUAUGGUAAAUGUUAUGUUUCUCAAUUUAAAAUCGCACUUCAAUUCAUUUGCGUUAGUCAAAACAAAACAGUCAAAUAAUAUCGAUAUUAACGCUACCUAUUACCUGUCGCCUAGUUUUGGCAAAAAUAACAUCAAAUACUAUUAUUUCACAAUGCAUAUGUCAUUAAUGCAGCAAAAUAUCUCUUGCUUAUUUCUUUGUCAAAUUCAUCGAUAGGGCGAAAUUCGUGGUGUAAAUUGUAAUAUGAUUUCCAACGGAACCCUCAUCUUUUUAGGGGACUGCUGCCGAUCAUGUAUGACCCGAGUGCCCUACGCUACGCUGAUAGCGACUGUCAUGUGCCUUAUCGGUGUGGGUAUCUUCUGCGGCACAAUGUAUCGUGGCACCUCGCUAGCGAUUAUCAUGUUAGAUCAGGUUUUUCAUCUUCGACUGGUGUGGAUUGAAGCAGUACAACUGAUCUUCGUGGUUAUCGGUGCGUCGAUGGCUGCCCUCGGGUUGAUGAUUCUGUUUGUUGGAUUCCUCGCCACUGGCGCCACCCGGUACAAGGUCUAUCGAGCGUGGGGCUCACGCGUUGGUGGACGCAUUACCUGUGCCGUAUUUAUGGGUAUCACUUAUUUGCUGAAGAUUGUCUGGAUUGUGAUCUUUUGUUUCCUGGGUAUUGUCACCUUCAUGUUCACGGUGUUUUGGAAAAUGUGCGAAAAUCCGAAUGUGCAAUCUCAUCGGAAUUGUAUCGAUUUGACUCAGUUUUAUUUUAUGUUCCCGGCGGGAGUAAAACAAGAGGACAUGAACAUUUGCGAGCAAAGCAAGGUUAAAGCUUUCUGUAAAGACGGAGUCGAAAAGUGUGAAAUUAUGUUCAUCCUGGCAACGGUGAGCUGUUUGUUGAUUAUUCUGAGCUUGGUUCACUAUUUGAUGUGUCUGGCUGCUAACUACGCCCACAUUCGGGACCAUGAAAAGUUUCAAGAGCUGCAGGAGAUACAAAACCUGACCGAAAUGGAGUACACGGCUGCGUCCAAGGAUCGGUUCUAGGAUACCGUCCAGGAGAUUUAUAUUGAGCACAGCACCUGAUGAUCGGCAGCUUGUGGUGAUUUACGAGCAACUUACGUUUAAGUUCUCUUAGUUACACGACUAAGUGUAGUUAUGAUUUUUUUCCUUCUAAGUUGAGCUUUCUUUUUUGCAUAGCGUAGGUUUUUAGAUAUAGUUUCACACCUAAAAUUUUGCGUUCUAGUUAUUGAUCAAUUGACAUAAGUUUGUCCGUCCAUUUUCCAAUUGAUAUCAUUCCAUUCGUUUUUCAACUGCUCAAUGUGAGUACUCCUGGAUCCAGUUAAUAUAUUUGUAAGCGUUCAUUAUCUUAAACGAACCAGUAAACGAACAAUCGAAGAUCAUAAACGACACAAUACGAAAGCACAACACAAAAUAAGGCUGACAAUCCUACAAUAAUCUUUUUUUUUUGUAAAACCGUGUAUACACUCAGUAGUACAGAGAUACGCAAAUAUCAGGGCGCGGAACUAUGUUUACGGAGAUUUGCAUCGAAGUAAGUUGCUUAAACAGAUCACACUUACCACUAUUCAAUCGCAUUAUGAAAUUAUUCAUACAGACAUCUCACCUAACUGACAGUUUACUCACUGGAGCGAUUUUCAAAGUUAUUUCUUGACUACAGUCAGUAGGUAACUUAAAUCGCAAAUUUACCUUUCACUAGUUGAGGUGACUGUGAAAUAGGGCCUUUAAUCCAUUGUUGUUGAACAUCAAUUUUACUUAAAGGACUCGUGCAUUAAACAAAAUUCAAAGCAGCAAGAACAUAUCCAGAACCUGAACCUUUAACUCUUUGCAAGUGUAGCAUAGAAUAGACCCCGCAGCUUCCUACACGAAAUAACAGAAACGAAGAUUGCAUUCAUAAGUUGACCAACCUACAACACCGUGUGAUAUCGUAGAAACCACAAAGUUUAGAUGCAGAGUAAAUAUAUUUUACUUAUUCCAUAACAAUACAGAGAAAGUAGCUCAACAACUAAGAAAAACUGCAGAACUCACUCACGUCAACAUAGCCUAACAUCAUGGAACAUGCAAAAAUAGGAAUUGCACGUAACAUGAGUAAACGCCAGUAAGGUUUCUUAGGGCGGUCUUAAACUGAAGUGAAAUAAAAUUGUUUCCCAGGUAGUGAAAUUAAUGUGGUUGUUUAGAAAAGAGGUUCACACCCCGUACUAAGGAGAUUGCGUGUAUAUUUACAGUUUUGAUAGAAACACCAAUAUGAAGGCUUAUAAUAACCUCUAAAAUCUUUGAGACAUUAACAAUUCAAUGCAACAUAUUACACAAUCAUUCUUCUAUCAUCAACAUAAUCAUCUAUAAUCGCAUUCUAUUAAUCCACCCAUACUGUUACCUCUACAAUCAAACCUUACGUGAAUUCGAGUAUUUAAUCAGUAUUUGUUGAAUUCCAUUCCAUUUACAAUCAUCUAAUCAAUGCUGCUUUAUUAACUAAACGAACCUAUCGCAUUAUAACUGUUUACAAUAAUUCUAUUCCAAUGUAUCUUAGAUGUGAAAAUGCUUUCUCUAUCUCGCAAAUGCCAAGUGGUAAACAUUCUGAACUACAAGUUCUACCAUACUGACUCAUUAAUAUAUUCAUAGUAUGUUUCGUUUUCGUGAAUUUUAUUGACAUCACUUUUUAUCAUUACAUCAUUACAUUUCAUCAUCCAAACCCGUUCGAGAAAAAAAAAACAGAUUAUUUUUUGUAAAAUAUUCCAACAAUGAUGUUCGUAUUCUAAGAUAGCAUUUAGUCUUUGUACCGGAAUCUUACAAAAAAAACAUGAAUAAAAUAAAUGAUAACGUUUUAGGAAUUGAACUUUUUGGUUCAAAUGAACA